GUUUCCUUCACGGUCAUCAAAGUCCUUCAGUUAUCAUAAACUCCUAUUAUCAACCAACAAACAACCAUGUCAACCACACUCCCCAGCGGCGCCAAAAUCAUCAACGGGGUCAAGACCUUCAUUCCCCUAGAAAACAACCCCGAAGUCUACACCCACCUCGCCACCACCCUCACAAUCCAAACCCUCACCUUCCACGACAUCUUCACCCUCUCCCCUCCCCCCACAGACCUACCCCAUCCCAUCAACGCCCUAAUCUUCCUCGCCGCAUCACCCAUCUACACCCGCGCCCGCUCAAGCCUCCAAUCCACCCUCCCCAAAUACACCACCCCCAAUGAAAACGACCCGAUCUGGAUCCCCCAAACAAUCGGCCACGCCUGCGGUCUCAUGGCCUUCCUGCACUGCGUGCUGAAUCUCGAUAACGGGACGCAUCUGGCCUGCGGGUCGGAGUUGGCGAAGUUACGAGAGGAGUUGGUCUCAUUAGCACCGGAGGAUCGGGCGCGGGUGGUCUAUGAGUCCUCGUUUCUGGAGGAGGCGCAUAUGGAUGCGGCGCGGGGAGGCAGUUCGGGGGUGCCGGGGCCGGAGGAGGAUAAUGGGUUCCAUUUUGUGGGGUUUGUGAAGGGUGGGGAUGGGAGGGUUUGGGAGUUGAAUGGUGGUAUGCCGGGACCUUUGGAGAGGGGAGUUCUUGGGGAUGGGGAGGAUUUGGUUUCGGAGGCUGGGUUGAGGUUGACGGUUGGGGAUUUUGUGGACGCUGCGAGGGAGGUUGAGGAGGGUGGAUAUGGGGGUUUGGGGGUUUCUUUAGUUGGGUUGGUUGGGGUGUAGUAGUAUGAUGAUGCCAGAUGGAUCUUAGGAUUCAUAGUGGCUGGUGAUAUUAUGUGGGGUUAGGAUGUGGAAUCUGGGGUUGGCUGCGUUGUCGGCCAGAUGAAUAUUGGAUGAGCCCAUGUUACAUAUGGAAAGAAUGGUGGAUCAUAAAUCAAUGGUAUUGAAUUACUCAAGUAA